AUGAAGUUCUUCGCCGUCGCCGUUACCGUCGCCAUGGCUCUUGGAGCCCAGGCUGAUGGCCCUGGCACGCAAACUUGCAUUUCCCCAGGAUUCAACGGGUGCAACCUCGACGGUGCCACCUGCUGCAACUCGAAUGAAAACUUCUGUUACAUCCAGGAGGGUUGGGCGACGGGCUUUUGCAAGAAGAAGGAAGGGGUACCGACGGAUGGGGCAAAGCCCACUGCUUAG